CUGAAUAGGUGGCGCCGUGGUAGCGGAUCCUGUUCCUCUACUUCUGGUUUCUGCACUGUGCAACUAUUUCAGUUAUAUUUUUAAUUAACGAUGCCAAGUACUUGUUGUUGUGUACCUGGAUGUCAUUUAAGAGGAGGACAUGCAUUUCCAAAUGACUUAAAAAGAAGGAAAAGUUGGAUAAACGCCAUGGCCCAUACGCAGAUUGGACGAGAACACGAUGAUAUCGUGGAGUCCAUCUCAAUCAGCUGUUGUUUGCAAGGCACGUUUUACUGAAAAAGACUACGUGCAGGAAACUAUUCAUGGGCGCAAACCCACCAUACAGAGACUUAAGUCUACUGCAAUUCCCAGCCUAUUUUCCUGUACCAAGCAAGAGACUGAAUCGUCCACAAAAAGAAAAAUCAGGGCAGUUUCCUGUGAAAACAAAAGAACUAAACUUGAUGAAUAUUGUAGUAGAAAUCUAGAGGAAAGUUUUGAUUGUAAAGUUGGUUUUCCUGAAGAAGUCAUUCAUACUGCAGAAAGGAUUUAUGACUGUCCACCACCAACUGCCGAGCUAAUGUUGAGCUUCACAGAUGGAAUUACGCAAACACCAUCAAUGCCUAUGUUUUCAGCAGAGAAUUUUGAAAUGAAGACACGUGACACAGCCAUGCAUUUUUAUACCGGUUUAGAGUUGUAUACUAAAUUUUUAUUUGUUUUGACCACACUUGGUCCAGCAGCACAUUGUUUGAGAUACAUAUAUUUUCAAAUUGAUAGGGUGUCAGUUGAAAAUCAGUUUUUUUAUGACUUUGAUGAAAUUGAGGCAUCAUACAACCAACUUUGAACUGUCUAGAUUCUAGAUUGAAUCUAGUGUUAAGAAUAUUGUGUAUACAUGGAUUGUUUUUAUGUCCAAACAGUGGUGUGAGGCUAACACUUGGCCAUCUAGUGGUUUAGUCAGGUAUUUUUCACCAUCCAACUUCAAAUUAAAGUUUCCUACGA